GCCACGGAAACCGGCGGCUGCUCCCGGCGGGGUGCGAGGGCCGCGUGGGGAGCAGCGGCCCGGGGGCAGCAGGCCCAGGGCCCAGGGCUCGGCGCGCCGAGGGGCUCCCUGUGGGGCUGAGGGCGCUGGGAGGGUCUGCGGGUGGCAGCCUGACACCGUAGAACGUGUGUGGCCGCCGGCUGACAAAGCGGUGCGGAGCUGCGAGCUGUGGUGCUGGCAGUGGCUGCGGCCCGGCGCCAGGGCACGAGGCGUCCAGGAGCCGCCUGGGGAGCGCGGUCCUCGGAGAGAUGGGGAAACUGAGAUGGAGAAGUGAUUGCUUAACCUCAACGACCAGGCCAGCAGAAGAACAAAAAGCUCCUGAUUGCAGAUCAGCUUGCUGAAAUCCCAGAGAGUGACCAACAUUGUGAACCCACCCCACCAAGUGUUCCCUGCGGGAGGAGCAGCAGCAUGGCUCGAGCCUGCUUUGUGAGACCAGCCCAUCAGCAGCACCUGCCUCGUGCUGCCAGGUUCUGUGUAGCAUCCAGGCUGGGAAAUCUACAGGUGAAUGAAGACAACAAGCCCAGCUGCUCCAAACAGCAAGAUGAAGGAGAACAUACAUGUCAGCCUCAUAAUUAUUGUUCUCAGAUCAAUCCAAUUUGGACCCAGGAAAAGAACUGCACGCAAUCUCCAGAGCGCUCUUCACUCAUAGUCUCGUCCUCUCAUCUGGAAGUCUGGCGUAACAUACCUACAAAAGGCUUCCUGGCUACUCCAAAUAAAAACACCUUCUUUCAGAAGAUUCAGAGCAACUGGAGUGAGCUGGACUUCCAGAAGUACCAAACAGACCUUCUUUUUGGCUGGGGAAUGAGACCUUGAAAGUGCCUGUAGCACUCUUUGCAUUGAAUAGAAGACGACUGUGUGAUCGCCUGCGACAGCAUAAGGAUGUCCAGAAGAAUUCAGUUGUUCUGCUUCAGGGCGGAGAGGAAACCCAGAGAUACUGCACUGAUACUGGUAUUGUGUUUCGCCAGGAAUCUUACUUUCACUGGACUUUCGGAGUAACGGAAGCAGGCUGCUUUGGAGCAGUAGAUGUUGAUACUGGAAGAUCCAUGCUUUUUGUUCCUCUACUCCCCGAAAGUUAUGCAGUUUGGAUGGGAAAGAUUCACCCUCCUGAACACUUCAAGAAAAAGUAUGCUGUGGAUGAGGUCCACUAUGUGAAUGAGAUAGCCAGUGUCUUGGCUUCGAAGAAACCUUCUGUGCUGCUUACUUUGCGUGGUGUUAACACUGAUAGUGGAAGUAUCUCCAAAGAAGCUUCAUUUGAGGGAAUUAGCCAAUUUAAUGUGAACAACAAAAUCCUUCACCCUGAAAUUGCAGAAUGUCGUGUGAUUAAGACAGACAUGGAAUUGGAAGUUCUGCGCUACACCAAUAAAAUCUCCAGUGAAGCUCAUAAAGAGGUAAUGAAGGCAGUAAAAGCUGGUAUGAAAGAAUACGAGCUGGAGAGCCUUUUCCAGCACUACUGCUACACCCGAGGCGGCAUGCGCCAUACUUCCUACACUUGCAUCUGUGGCAGUGGGGAGAACUCAUCUGUUCUGCACUAUGGGCAUGCUGGAGCCCCAAAUGAUAAGACUAUUGAAGAUGGAGACCUGUGCCUGUUUGAUAUGGGAGGAGAGUAUUACUGCUAUGGUUCUGACAUCACCUGCACCUUCCCUGCAAAUGGAAAGUUCACUCCUGACCAGAGGGCUAUCUACGAAGCAGUGCUGAAGUCAUCACGUGCUGUCAUGAAAGCAGUCAAACCAGGGGUCGCCUGGCCUGAUAUGCACCGUCUGGCUGACCGAGUCCAUCUGGAGGAGCUGACUAAAAUUGGCAUUCUGAAAGGCAACGUAGAUGACAUGGUGAAGGUUCAUCUGGGUGCAGUAUUUAUGCCACACGGACUUGGACAUCUACUUGGAAUUGACGUGCAUGACGUUGGAGGCUACCCAGAGGGAGUGGAACGCAUUGACCUGCCAGGGCUCCGAAGCUUGCGCACUGCCCGGAACCUGGAGCAGGGCAUGGUGCUGACCAUCGAGCCAGGGAUCUACUUCAUCAACCACCUCUUGGACCAAGCCCUCCGUGACCCCACGCAGUCCUGCUUCAUCAACAAUGAUGUCCUGCAGCGUUUCCGAGGAUUUGGUGGGGUCCGGAUUGAAGAUGACAUUGCGGUGACAGCCAGCGGAAUGGAGUUGCUGACGUGCGUCCCACGUACUGUGGAAGAAAUAGAGGCUUUCAUGGCAGAAGGCCAAGGCAGCACCAAGUCAUUUGGCUCCUUGUCCAAACAAAAGGAGUAAUGGUUCUGAAUGUCCCACACUGAUCAGUCAUCGUUCUGAUUUAACGCUGCAGCAUAUGAAAUAACAUGCGCCCAAUUCUUCAUAGCGAGAAGAGGGCAGGCUAUUAGCUGGAAUGAUUUGUUAAUUAAAAAUGAAAGUAGAAGGCUUCAGCACUGGAUAUCCAGGUACCUCCAAUGUUGCUGCUUUGCAGGCAGCAGUUGUCAUGACAAGUGCCACCUGAAUAACCUUGCUGCAGCAAUGCUUUUUCCAGUUAAAUCUGAAUUUUGAUGAUAGAGACUCUUUAAAAUACAGGUGAUCUGAAUGCUGCCAGCAGUUGUAACAAUCUAAGUCAUUUAUUAAGCUUUAUCACAAGUAUUGCAAAAAAGAGAAAAAAAUCAGCUCUUCUCAGUGGACAUAAUCACACAUAUUUUUCUUAUGGAUCUUAUAUCAGUGACAAUGGAGUAAGCAGAAUGAAAUUUGUAUUAAAGUUCAUCCUUGGCAUCA